AUGACGUCACGGGAUCGUGACCUUUGCCGCAGGAAGGGAAAGCCGGCGAACGAGCGGCGUUCGGCUGCAUCCGGUCCGCUUGCCAUGGCUCUUUCUCCCUACGUGCUGGCCAUGCAGGAACUAUUCCGGGCCAACACGCGGAGCCGCGAAUUCCCCGCGCACGGGGCGAAGGUGCACUCGGUGGCCUGGAGCUGCUGCGGCCGCCGCUUGGCGUCGGGCUCCUUCGACAAGACCGCCAGCGUCUUCGUGCUGGACAAGGAUCGCCUGGUGAAGGAAAAUAACUACCGUGGCCAUGGAGACAGUGUGGAUCAGUUGUGCUGGCACCCUAGUAAUCCAGAUUUAUUUGUCACUGCAUCUGGAGACAAAACCAUCCGUAUAUGGGAUGUCCGCACUACUAAGAGCAUCGCUACUGUGAAUACCAAAGGGGAGAACAUUAAUAUCUGUUGGAGCCCUGAUGGGCAGACUAUUGCAGUAGGGAACAAGGAUGAUGUGGUCACCUUCAUUGACGCAAAGACUCAUCGGUCUAAAGCUGAGGAGCAGUUCAAGUUUGAAGUGAAUGAGAUCUCUUGGAACAAUGACAACAAUAUGUUUUUCCUCACCAAUGGCAAUGGCUGCAUCAGCAUCCUCAGUUAUCCAGAGCUCAAACCUAUUCAGUCAAUAAACGCCCAUCCCUCAAACUGCAUCUGCAUCAAGUUUGAUCCGAUGGGGAAGUAUUUUGCUACAGGCAGUGCUGAUGCACUGGUUAGCCUCUGGGAUGUGGAUGAGCUAGUGUGCGUGCGAUGCUUCUCUAGGCUGGAUUGGCCUGUGAGGACGUUGAGCUUCAGCCAUGAUGGGAAAAUGUUAGCCUCCGCAUCUGAAGAUCAUUUUAUUGAUAUUGCUGAAGUAGAAACAGGGGAGAAGCUCUGGGAAGUGCAGUGUGAGUCUCCGACCUUCACAGUCGCUUGGCACCCAAAGCGGCCUCUGCUGGCCUUCGCCUGUGAUGACAAGGAUGGCAAAUACGACAGCAGCAGGGAAGCUGGCACUGUGAAGCUCUUUGGUCUCCCUAAUGACUCCUAAGAAAAGGCUGCUG